AUGGACUACAAAGACAACAUGGAAGUGAACAUCUUCGACUCGAGCAAGGAACGCAACUCUGCUGAAAACGUGUUCAAGAUCGGAAAGCCAAGUGAGAAAGAUAGAAAGAUUGCGGAGAAGGAAAAGGGAUGUUGUGAUAAGAAGAAGAUGGAGUGUCAUGAAGAUGAGCCGAUGGAUAAGAGAAGAGAGUCGGAUGUGAGAAAUAAGGAGAUGUGA